AAAUUAAGAUACCAUCAAAGAGACAGCUUAUUCUUCGUGGGAAUCAAUUCAACAAACCUCAACUUAUAUAAUCCCAUCAUGCAAAUUUCCCAUCACAAUACCUGUUUGUUUUUCUCUUGCUCUUCUGCAACCCAUCAAAAUGUCUUCCCCGCCGCCGCCGCCACUGUUUGCUCUGCCGCCGAACAUGGUCCCCGACGAGGCCAACCCGCCGUGGAUGAGCAAGGCGGACAACGCCUGGCAACUCACCGCCGCCACACUCGUCGGCCUGCAGAGUGUGCCGGGGCUGAUAAUACUGUACGGCGGUGCCGUGAAGAAGAAAUGGGCGGUUAACUCCGCUUUCAUGGCUUUAUACGCCUUUGCUUGUGUUUUGGUGUGCUGGGUUAGUUGGGGCUACAGACUGUCCUUCGGGGAAAAGUUGAUUCCUAUAUGGGGAAAAAUCGAUGUCGCGCUUUCUCAGCAUUAUCUUUUGGAACCCGCUUUUCUUGGGAAGUUUCCAAAUGCGACUAUGGUGUUUUUCCAGUUCGUCUUCGCAGCCAUUACCUUGAUACUGAUCGCCGGCGCGGUUUUGGGACGGAUGAACUUUUACGCCUGGAUGCUGUUUGUUCCCCUGUGGCUGACUUUCUCCUACACCAUUGGAGCGUACACCAUUUGGUCUACCGGUGGCUGGCUUUCAACGGCUGGAAUGAUAGACUACUCUGGUGGAUAUGUGAUUCACUUGUCAUCUGGUGUUGCCGGCUUCACUGCUGCAUAUUGGGUGGGUCCUCGUUUGACCAAGGACAGGGAAAGGUUUCCUCCUAACAAUAUACUACUAAUGUUGGCUGGGGCGGGGCUGCUGUGGAUGGGGUGGACAGGGUUCAAUGGAGGAGACCCUUAUGCUGCUAGCAUAGAUGCAUCUUUGGCUGUUAUAAACACUCAUGUUUGUGCUGCUACUAGUCUGUUAACUUGGCUCAUACUCGACAUCCUAUUUUUUGGGAAGGCGUCCGUUAUUGGGGCCGUUCAGGGCAUGAUCACCGGCCUAGUCUGCAUCACACCGGCAGCAGGAGUUGUGCAUGGGUGGGCAGCUAUCAUAAUGGGCAUCUGCUCAGGCUCAAUCCCCUGGUUCACAAUGAUGGUUGUGCAUAAAAAGUCUGAGCUCCUCCAAAGCGUGGACGACACGAUGGCCGUGUUCCACACCCAUGCAGUAGCCGGCAGCCUUGGGGGUAUACUCACUGGCCUCUUUGCCAACCCCAAGCUGUGCAAUUUGUUCUAUGGGAAGUACGGCUCGUAUGUCGGCCUAUUCUACGGCUUCCAAAUGGGGGAAUUCCACACUGGUUUCAGGCAAAUAGGACUCCAGCUCAUCGGCAUCCUCUUUGUUAUUUUGGUCAACAUUGUAAUGACAAGUUUGGUAUGUCUCGUUGUGAAACUCAUCGUGCCUCUGAGGAUGACGGAGGAGGACAUGGAGGUCGGAGACGAGGCAGCACAUGGGGAGGAAGCUUACGCGAUCUGGGGCCAAGGCGACAGGAGCGAGAACUCGCGUUUUUCAGCUUAUAAUGAUGUGGAGGUCGGGCCGUCGGAGGGUAAGAGUCAGGUUGAGCUGACAUGAUAAGGUACAUAGAUAGCUCAUCUCCAGGCAGGGAUACAUCUAUGUUGAAUUUGUCGAACCCAUGAUGUUGUUGGAGUUAACAUUGGGAGCAUAUUUCUUGGGUUUUUAACUUACAAAUUUCAUUGUCUGAGAAUUCAAUGCCUAGAAAAGUAAGUGCAAAUUGAGGAAACAUUCCACAAAUGCACAUUUGAAUUUGGUGAUGUGAACUUGUGCUCAAGACUGCAACUAAGUCAAUAAAAAGCCGCAUCGUUUUCGUA